AACAUUGAAUCAUGCCAUGGCGGCGACUGAUGGCGUUCGUUUGUCAAUCCGUGUUUUCAUGUGCUAAAGCCGUGUUCUACGACUGUUCUCGUAUUCGUCACCCCGCUGCUUCGUCUUAGCUUUGCUGUAAACUGCUCCGAACUCGAGGCGUCCCAGAAGGAAGCUGCCGGUGCCGCAUGCUUUGUCACAUGAAUUGCCGCCGACAGUAGCACGCUUCCCGUCACCCGAGGUUGGGCAAGAUGGCUCUAACACUGGACCCACUAACCCAGAUCAACACAUACCGGUCCUUUGUCUCCAUGCUGGAGGACCCGGCCGCAAAGGAUGAAAGCAAGCUCAAGGCUGUUCAGGAACUGAGCGAAGAGUUGGAGACCAUUGUCACAUCGGUGCACUACCCAACGUUCCUGGACCAUGCCAUGCGAGUGUUCCUGCGCAUUCUCCAGGAGGGCAAGCCACAGUUCAUUGCUGAGCACAACAUGCAGCAACUGCGCAAGCUAAUCCUGGAGAUAAUCCACCGCAUUCCGACCAAUGACCAUUUGCGUCCCUAUGUCAAGCAAAUCCUCCAGCUCAUGUUUGAGCUGCUCAAGGUGGAGAACGAAGAGAACGUCUUGGUGUGCCUGCGAAUCAUCAUCGAGCUGCACAAACAGUUUCGGCCGCAGUUCAACCCGGAGAUCCAGCAGUUCCUGGAGUUUGUCAAGACCAUCUACCGAGAGCUGCCGAACCACCUGAACGCGAUUUUCGAGCCACGACCAUCGCUGAAGUUCAAAGACCUGAGCGAGCUGAACCUGGACACAGUUCUGCAGGAGACGUUCACCCUCACCAAUGUGCAGCUGGAGAAGAAGGGGCCUGAUGGAAGCUGUGCCUCGAUGCAGUGGAGUUUGCGGGGGACCAGCUACCAAAUGUACAACGUGAUCCCACGAGCAGUGCUGUCCCUGAAGGUGCUGGCCGAGCUGCCCAUCAUUGUGGUGCUCAUGUACCAGCUCUACAAGCAGAGCGUGCAUGACGAUGUGGCCGAGUUCAUCCCGCUCAUCCUCAACACAAUCACCCUGCAGCCCCUGCCCCAGCACAGGAUGAAUCCAGCAUUCAACCGUGAGGUGUUUGUGGACUUCAUGGCCGCCCAGAUCAAGACGCUGUCGUUCCUGGCGUACAUUGUAAAGAUCUACCAGGAGACCGUGGGUGUGCACUGUAGCCAGUUGGCACAGGGCAUGCUGGGACUGCUCAUGCUGUGCCCUCAGGAGGUGGCACACCUGCGCAAGGAACUGCUCAUUGCUGCCCGCCACAUCCUGGCCACUGACCUGCGCAACAAGUUCGUUGGCUGCAUGGAGCAGCUCUUUGAUGAGAACAUCCUCAUUGGGUCAGGCUGGACAGCAUAUGAGUCACUGAGGCCCCUGGCAUACAGUACCCUGGCUGAUCUGGUGCACCACGUCAGGCAGCACCUGCCGCUGAACAAUCUGUCAUCUGCAGUGGCUGUGUUCUCGCGAAACGUCCACGACGAGUCCCUGCCAGCCUCCAUCCAGACCAUGUCCUGCAAGCUGCUCCUGAACCUGGUCGAAUGCAUCCGUACCCGAUCGGAUCAGGAGAAUGGAAACGGGCGUGAGCUACUGAUACGAAUGCUGGAGGUGUUUGUGCUCAAGUUCAAGACCAUAGCCAAGUGUCAGCUGCCUGUACUCAUGCAGAAGAGCCGGCAGCAGGGCCCUCCAUCCGAAGCAAACAGGCCUGACGACAGCGCCCGUGCGAGCCUGCAGUUCUCUGCUUCCCUGGCAGACCUUAAGGAGGAGAAGAACAACAGCUACACAGUGGCCGACUGUCGGAGCCUGGUGAAGACGUUGGUGUGUGGUGUCAAGACCAUCACCUGGGGCAUCGGCACGUGUAAGAUGCCCGGUGGGCCACUGGAGGAGAAGCAGUUUCAGCCCAAGGAGACGCUGGUGUUCAUCCGGCUGGUGAAGUAUGCUCUGCAGGCACUGGAUGUGUACACUCUGCCACCCGGCACAGGUGUCAUUGCGGGUGGGGCCACGGCAGGUGGUGCUGGUGCCGGGGCUGCCUCCUCGGCACAUGCCCGCACGGCUGCCCUCCAGUCGGCCGUGCGCUCCAAGGAAGAGAAGGAGGUCCUUGACCACUUCGGAGGCGUGUUCACCAUGAUGAGCCCAUCUACAUUCAGGGAGGUCUUCUCCACCACCAUUGAGUAUGUAGUCGAGCGACUGAACAAGAACUCAGCCCUUCAGAUUGUGGCCAACUUCUUCUUGGCGAAUCGUGCCACAUCUCCCAUCUUUGCAACCAUCCUGGUGGAGUACCUGCUGGAACGCAUGGAGGAGAUGGGAGCCAACCCAGACAAGUCAAACCUGUACCUGAAGCUGUUCAAGCUGGUCUUUGGCUCGGUGUCCCUCUUUGCUGCAGAGAAUGAGCUCAUGCUCAAGCCACACCUGCACCGCAUUGUGAACCGGUCUAUGGAGCUUGCGCUGAGUGCACGGGAGCCGUACAACUAUUUCCUUCUGCUGCGGGCACUGUUCCGCUCCAUUGGUGGUGGCAGUCACGACCUCCUUUACCAGGAGUUCCUACCCCUGCUGCCUUCACUUCUGCAAGGUCUCAACGGCCUGCAGAGUGGCUUGCACAAGCAGCACAUGAAAGACCUGUUUGUGGAGCUAUGCCUGACGGUGCCUGUACGGCUGAGCUCUCUGCUGCCUUAUCUGCCCAUGCUGAUGGACCCACUGGUGUCUGCACUCAAUGGCUCUCAGACACUCAUCAGCCAGGGCCUGCGCACGCUGGAGCUGUGUGUGGACAACCUGCAGCCGGAUUUUCUGUACGACCACAUCCAACCUGUGCGGGCCGAGCUGAUGCAGGCCCUGUGGCGCACGCUGCGCAACCCAACCGACAGCAUUGCCCAGGUGGCCUUCCGGGUGCUGGGCAAGUUCGGAGGUGGCAACCGCAAGAUGCUCAUGGAGCCCCAGCGCCUUGAGUACUGUGACCGCGACACCCCAGGUCCCUGCAUCACGGUCCACUUUCAGGACCACAAGACACCCAUUGCGCUGCCGGUCGACAAGUUGAUUGAGACAGCCUUCAAUGCUUUGAAGCAAAGCGGCACCGACUCAUUUUACCGGCGUCAGUGUUGGGAGAUCAUUCGUGGCUUCCUGGUGGCUAACUUGCAGCUGGACGAUGAUCGGCAGACCAUGCUUCAACUGUUCUCACAUCCAAGCUUUGGGACAGGGGACAUCUCACCACCCCAAAGUGUUCCAUACAAGUGCCAAGAUGUGGAGACGCGCAAGGUCCACCAAAUGGCUCUGACAGGCAUGUUUGUCGCAGCCACGCUAAAGGAGCUUCACAGCCAAGUCCUGCCGUUCCUGGCUCUGGUGCACCACUACACCCUGGUGGCGGUGGCACAGCAGGCUGGCCCACUACGCCAGACUCGGCCACCCACGCAGGGCAUGGACCCAUCUGUGCUCGUCGAUGCUCUGGCAGCCAUGGCUCAUGAGGAGAAAGAACUCUGCAAGGUGGGUCAACUUGCCAUGCUGCUCAUCACGGAGAAAUCGGCGACAGUGCUGACAUGCGAGAGCGGGCCUGCCAAACUGCCACAUGUGGAAUACCUGGCAGAGCGGCUGUGUGCCUGUGCUAUACGGGCAUGGUACGCCAAGUACGGUGGCUGCUUUGCAUCAAGGCUGGUGGAGCGGCUGCCGCUACGUUGGGUGCUGGGACCAGUACCUCUUUCUCAAGGCCUGUUCUUCAUCAUGAUGGAUCUGACAGGCGAGGUCUCCAAUGGAGCUGUUGACAUGGCUAAAUCCAACCUGGAAAAGAUGCUGACGGUUUGUGGUGCACCACUUCCUGCGGAUGCCCCGGAUGACCUGCGUGAAGUCCAGCGCAAGUCGCUGCACGAGGUGACGCUCGAGCUUGUCCGGCAGGUCACCUCGCCCAACACGUGUGUGCGGCAGCAGGCCAUCCACUCGCUGGAGGUGCUGGCGCAGGUGAUGGGCUGCUCAGUGGGUGCCCUCAUGGAGCCACACCGCGAUGUGCUGGCAGACAUGGUGCCACCCAAGAAGCACCUGCUUCGCCACCAGCCUUUGAAUGCACAGAUCGGGCUGAUGGAAGGGAACACCUACUGCACCAGCCUGCAGCCACGGCUGUUUGCCCUUGAUGUAAGCGUCGCCGAGCACAAGACUUUCUUUUCCGAGUUGGUGAGCUUGUGCGAAGCUGACGAUGAGGCACUGCGCAAGCUGCCCUGCUACAAGGGAUGCGGCCCUGCAGCGCUGGUGUCGUUGCGGCGAGCGGCUCUGCGAGCACUUGCCACGUGCCACUACCUGCCCUGCCGCGAGCGAGUCUUCCAUGUCCUCUGGGCACUCAAUGCCCGGGACCCUGAACUUCAAGAGGCAGCCUUUCAAUGCAUGUCUGACUUUGUGGCUGCCUGCAACAUUGACAUGGAAAUGAACAAGGACAGCGAGCUACCUACGGCGACUGGCGGGAAAGCCAUGAUGGCCAUGGUCGCUGGGCCCAACUUGCAACCGCCACCCCAUUUCGACUUCGAGAACCCAGCGGCUUGGCAGAGGUGGCGUCAGCAGUUCGACGACUACAGUUUUGCAACGGGUCUUCAUGCGGCGGACGAUGAAGUUCGCGUCGGAACGCUGCUAUACUGCAUGGGCACCAGGUCACGGGACAUUUUGUGUUUAUUGCAAGUACGGGACGAAGACUAUUCAAAGUACAGCGUCAUCGUGGGUAAGCUGGACGGAUACUUCUUACACCCCACCAACGAGCUCUACGAGAGCGCACGGUUCCACCGACGUGUUCAACAGGCAGGCGAGACAGCUGACGCGUUCUUCACGGCACUGGGAAAUAUGGUGAAACGAUGCAAUUACUCUGCACGGGACAUAGAGGAGCGACUGGUCCGCGACCGUUUUAUCGUCAUGCCACUUCUGGGAUUUCCUGCUAUCCAAGAGCUGGGUGUGGUCAAGUUCGUGGAUCCGGUGGUCGAGACGCAAGGCAACCAGGCGGCAUUAGACAAGCUGUUCUGUGGUUUGGGCGAGCUGCAAGAAGCGUACACUAUACGCCUAAAACCAGAUGCUGUCCCCUAUUCGCUGCUGGUCCCUAGACGUGUGCCCAUCCCUUUACACGGUGUCGUGAAGGCGGAGCUUGACAGGCUUGAAGCGGAGGGCGUGAUCAGAUGCUUGUUGCGUGCCUUCACGGGCCGCUUCCUGCCUGACUUUGGCUUCCUGCGCGACUUCCUGGACACGUGGGCAGCCAAGGGCCAGACGGUAGAGUGGAAGCGGGCAGCCUUCUUCCGCUUUGUCGAGGCCUUUGGGGACCCGGCCUUUCCGCAGCCACUGCUGGCCAAGGUGCUGCAGCAGCUGCUCAUCCCGGCCUUUGCGGCCUCCUUUGAGCGGGGCGAAGGGGAGGCCCUCAUCGGAGGACCCCCGCAGCCCGAGCGAGACUCUCCCGACAAUGUCAUCUCGGUGUUCAUCAACCGUGUCAUUGACCCCGAGAACCCAUUUGGCACCUCGGAUGCCGUGCGCAUCCUGCUGCUCCAGUUCUCCUGCCUCCUGGUGGAGCAAGCCUCACCACACAUCCAUGAUGCGGCCAACAAGCGACAGGGCAUCAAGCUGCGCCGCCUGAUGACCUUUGCAUGGCCCUGCUUGUUGGGCAAGAACUGCGUUGACCCGGCCACUAAGUACCAUGGCCACCUGCUACUGGCCCACAUCAUUGCCAAAUUCGCAAUCCACAAGCGCAUUGUGUUGCAGGUGUUCCACAGCCUGCUGAAGGCGCAUGCCGUGGAGGCCCGGUCCGUGGUGCGGCAAGCGCUGGAGAUCCUGACGCCCGCCAUGCCUGCCCGCAUGGAGGACGGCAACACAAUGCUCACCCACUGGACCAAGAAGAUCAUCGUCGAGGAGGGCCACACUCUGGCCCAGCUGGUGCACAUGUUGCAGCUGCUGUACCGCCACUACCGUGUCUACUACCCCGUACGCCACCACCUGGUGCAGCACAUGGUGAGCUCGGUGCAGCGCCUGGGCUUCACACCCAAUGCCAACAUUGAGCACAAGAAGCUGGCUGUCGAUCUGGCUGAGGUGGUCAUCCGCUGGGAGAUGCAGCGCCAUCGCGAGGAGCAGCAGCAACCACAGCAGCCUCCACCAGCACCUCAAACCUCCGAGGAGAGCCGACGCCUCCUAGACCAAAGUGGCCGAGCACGGCAAACGGCCCCGCGGCCAGAUCGUCCCAUUGAGAAGCACCACGCUGACGCCCUGGUCAACUUCCUCCUGCGCAUGGCAUGCCAGGUGAACGAGUCGUCGACAAACAUUGGGUCACAAGGGGAAGUACUGUCUCGGCGGUGCGUAGCGCUUCUCAAGACGGCUCUCAAGCCGGACGUGUGGCCCAACUCGGAGCUCAAGCUGGCCUGGUUUGACAAGCUCCUCAUGACUGUGGAGAGUGCUCAACCCAACUAUGGCAACAUCUGCACGGCAUUGGAGCUGUUGGCUUUCCUGCUGAGCAUUCUGCGGCCCGAGGCCAUCCUGUCCAGCCUGAAGCCUCUGCAACGUGGAAUCGCUGCCUGCAUGACGUGCCCCAAUUCCAAGGUCAUCCGAGCUGUGCACGCUCUCCUAUCACGACUCAUGGGCCUGUUUCCCUCGGAACCUACAACAUCCAGCAUGGCCUCACGGCAUGAGGAGCUGGAGUCCCUCUACACAUCCAUUAGCAAGGUUGUGUAUGAAGGCCUGACCACUUACGAGAAGUCGCCUGCAGCCCCGCCGUCCACUCUCUUUGGCUGUCUGAUGAUCCUGAAGGCGGCCUGUGUCAACCAUCCGUGCUACAUUGACCGGCUCAUCACGCCCUUCAUGCACGUAUUGCAGAAGAUGGCACGAGAGCACUUGUCACCAGGUGGCAUUGGCGGUGGCGCGGGUGGCCAGGAGUCCAGCUCCAUGGGCACGGAGCUGCUCAUCCUCAGCCUGGACCUGGUCAAGAACCGCGUUGGUGUCAUGGGUCAAGAGAUGCGCAAGGCCUUCAUCGGAGCCAUCCUAGUUGGACUCAUAGAGAAAUCGCCCGAUGUCAAGGUUCUUCGUGCCAUCACCAAAAUGGUGGAGGACUGGGUGAAGAGCAAGUCACCGUUUGCAGUGAACCAGUCACCAACACUGCGGGAGAAGUCGAUCCUCCUUGUGAAGAUGAUGCAGUUCAUGGAGAAGCGGUUCCCUGACGAGCUUGAGCUGAACGGCCAGUUCCUGGAGCUAGUGAAUCACGUGUACAGAGAUGAGACCCUCAAAAGCACUGAGCUCACAUCCAAACUGGAGCCGGCUUUUAUGGCUGGCCUCCGAUGUGUUCAGCCAACAAUCCGAGCGAAGUUCUUUGAGGUGUUCGACAGCAGCAUGCGUCGGCGCCUGCACGAGCGACUCCUGUUCAUCGUGUGCUCCCAGAACUGGGAGACGAUCGGUCCUCACUUCUGGAUCAAGCAGUGCAUAGAACUGGUCCUGGGCACGGCAGUCAUUAACGCCCCCCUGCGCAGUGCUCAGCCAGCCACACUGCUGCCCGCAGCCACAACCGGGCUACAGUCACUCGAAGACAUUGCCAUCACGUGCCCUGCCACUGCACUCAAGGAGGAACCCACCGACACCGAGGAGGAGAUCGACAUUGAGCUCCCAUCGUCUUCUGAGGAGCGUUCCCUGCUGGACGGGGGUGUUGCUGGCCGUGCACGCCAGAACCUGCAGCAGCUGGUGCAGCGACAGGGCCGCUUCCUGGAGGGCCUGCGGGAGCUACGCUUGGGGGCCUUCCUGAAUGCCACUGUGCAGCUGUGCCAUCUGGACACGCCACUUGCCCAGCACCUGUGGCAGCAGCUUAUGCCCCGCCUCUGGAAGGUGCUCAGUGACCGGCAGCAGAGCGUGUUGGCUGGGGAGCUAGUGCCGUUCCUGUGCAGUGGAAGCCACGUGGUGCAGAAGGACUGCCACCCCAAUGCUAUUGGUGUCUUUGUCGAGGCCUUGGCACAGUGCAACCCACCAGUGGCCAUCAAACCAGCACUCAUCAAGUACCUGGGCCGCUCACACAACCUGUGGCAUCGUGCCUGCCUGCUGCUGGAACAGGCAGCCUUGACAGGGCGCGGUGGUAGCGGUGCUUCGUGCAGCAGCGUGGUGCGAGGUGCUGCCGAAGAGGCCGGCUCUGCUGCCGAGGACGCUCUGGCCGAGCUGUAUUCCUUGCUGCGUGAGGAGGACCUCCUGGGUGGCCUGUGGCAGCGGCGUGCGCGCCACCCCGAGACUCCCUUGGCCCUGGCCUUGGAGCAGCAGGGCUGCUUCGAGCAGGCGCAGGCAGCCCUGGAGGCAGCCAUGGCACGGGCACCACGGCACGAAGCAGCUGGCAUGCUCCAGAGCGAGUGCCGCCUCUGGGAGGAACACUGGUUGAGAUGCUGCAAGGAGCUGAAUCAGUGGGAGCUGGUGCUGGAAUAUGGCAGCUCGAAGAGCUGUGCCAACCCGCAUCUGGUGCUGGAAAGUGCCUGGCGCGUUCCCAACUGGCCCCUCAUGAAGGAGGCUCUCUCACAGGUGGAACUGAGCUGCCCGAAAGAGCAGGCGUGGCGAGUGAACCUCUACCGUGGCUACAUAGCCAUCUGCCACCCUGAGGAGCAACACCUGUCGCUCGUCGAGCGUGUUGUUGAGGUCAUCACAGGACAGUGCAUUCGCGAGUGGCGCCGCCUUCCCCAGAUUGUGUCACAUGUGCACGUGCCCCUGCUGCAGGCGGCCCAGCAAAUCAUGGAACUGCAGGAGGCGGCACAGAUCCACCAGGGUCUGCUGCCCACUGGCUCAAAUGUUGGGCGCCCUGCCCCAACCAGUGUUUACGACAUGCGGGCCAUCGUCAAGACGUGGCGCAACCGCCUGGCUGUGCUGACCGAUGACCUGUCCCACUGGAGCGACAUCUUCACCUGGCGCCAGCACCACUAUCAGGCUAUUGUGAGCCACUUCGACAAUGCCCCUGCGUCUUUGGUGCCCGAGGUGCCUGGCAACCAGCACCAGUCCAUGUUGGGGGUGCAUGCAUCAGCACAGUCCAUCAUCCACUACGGCAAGAUUGCACGGAAGCAUGGCCUCGUUAAUGUCUGCCUGGACUCACUCAGCCGGAUCCACACAAUUCCGAGUGUGCCCAUCGUGGACUGCUUCCAGAAGAUACGGCAACAGGUCAAGUGCUACCUGCAGCUUUCACACAUCACGGGCAAGAAUGAACUGCAAGAGGGCCUGGACGUAAUAGAGUCCACCAACCUGAAGUACUUUGCAAGGGACAUGACGGCCGAGUUCUACGCGCUCAAGGGUCUCUUCCUCACCCAGAUGGGUCGCUCGGAGGAGGCCAACAAGGCACUGAGCGCAUCUGUCCAGUUGCACGACACUCUGGUCAAUGGGUGGGCCCUGUGGGGCGACUACUUUGAGGGCCUGUUUGGCCGCGAUCGCUGGGAUUCACGACAGCUGCCCCUGGCCGUGUCUGCACUCACCUGCUACUUGCACGCCUGCCGCCAUCAGAGUGAACCUAAGGGUCGCAAGUACAUGGCAAAGGUGCUGUGGCUGCUGACGUACGACAACGAGCAGAAUGUGCUGGCCGAGACAGUGGACAAGUACAACUCGGGGGUGCCUCCGCUGCAGUGGCUGCCGUGGGUGCCGCAGCUGCUGACGUGCCUGGUGCGCCCCGAAGGGCGGCAGCUGCUCAACCUGCUCGUCCAGGUCGGCCGAGUCUACCCGCAGGCCGUGUACUUCCCCAUCCGCACGCUCUAUCUCACUCUCAAGAUUGAGCAGCGUGAGAGGUACAAGAGUAGUGAAGAGGCUCGAGCCCCACCAUCUACUCCAGUCAGCAGCACUUCAUCUCAGCCUCAACAGCCUACCGAAGCUGCAUCGCCGCAAGCUGGUGACAGUACUCAAGCUGACACCAGUGGCCCGAUUCGUGCCACGCCAUCCAUGUGGCGCUGUUCCAAGAUCAUGCACCUUCAGCGUGACCUGCACCCCACCGUGCUCUCCUCCCUCGAGGGAAUCGUCGACCAGAUGGUGUGGUUUCGGGAGAACUGGUAUGAGGAGGUUCUGCGGCAGCUGCGCCAGGGGCUGGCCAAGUGCUACGCGGUGGCCUUUGAGAACCGGGGUGGGGUGGCAGAUGCUACCGUGACACCACACACCCUCAACUUCCUCAAGAAGCUGGUGUCCACCUUUGGGGUGGGCAUUGAGAAUGUCUCCUCGGUGACAACCACCUUCUCGAGUGCCGCCUCCGAGUCGUUGGCUCGCCGUGCACAGGCCACGGCUCAGGAUCCCGUCUUUCAGAAGAUGAAGGGGCAAUUCACUACUGACUUUGACUUUGGUGCACCAGGAGCAAUGAAGCUGCACAACCUGAUCAACAAGCUGAAGAAGUGGAUCAAGAUCCUGGAAGCCAAGACAAAGCUGUUGCCCAAGUCACUGCUGAUUGAGGAGAAGUGCCGCUUCUUGAGCAACUUCUCUCAGCAGACAGCUGAUGUGGCUCUACCUGGUGAAUUCCUGAUGCCAAAGCAUAGCCACUACUAUGUGCGUGUUGCACGGUUCAUGCCACGGGUGGAGAUUGUCCAGAAGUACAACACAGCUGCCAGGCGGCUCUACCUUCGUGGCCAAAAUGGCAAGAUCUAUCCAUACCUUGUGGUGAACGACGCGUGCCUGAGCGACGCCCGGCGGGAGGAGCGAGUGCUGCAGCUGCUGCGCAUGCUCAACAACCUGCUAGACAAGCAGAAAGAGACAGCUCGCCGCUUCUUGCACUUGGCAGUGCCCCGCGUCGUCGCCGUCAGUCCGCAGAUGCGCCUCGUCGAGGACAACCCAGCGUCUGUCUCGCUGCUGCAUAUCUACAAGCAGAGGUGUGGGCAGCGAGGUGUGGAGCACGAUGCCCCUGUGAGUCGCUACUACGAGCGGCUGGCAGCAGUGCAAGCACGAGGCUCCCAGGCCAGCCACCAGGUGCUGCGGGACAUCCUGCGAGAUGUCCAGGGCUCCAUGGUGCCCCGAACCCUGCUUCGUGACUGGGCUCUCACCACCUUUCAGGCACCCACCCACUACUGGACCUUCCGCAAGCAGUUCACUCUGCAGCUGGCCCUAGCAGGCUUUGCCGAGUUUGUGAUGCACCUGACACGGCUGAACCCUGACAUGAUGUACCUGCACCAAGACUCUGGGUUCAUGAACUUCUCCUACUUCAAGUUUGAUGUGGACGACAUCUCUGGUGACCUGGAUGCCAACAGGCCUGUGCCUUUCCGGCUGACGCCCAACCUGUCUGAGUUCAUGACUAGCAUUGGGGUAGCAGGUUCCAUGACGGCUGGCAUGAUUGCCACAGCACGCUGUGUGGCCCAGCCCAACUUCAAGCUACAAGCUCUGCUUCGAGCCAUCCUGCGGGAUGAGUUCAUCGCCUGGCACAAGAAGAAGCAAGACGACAGUCUCACACCUGGCUCAGCACCACAGGACAUGGAUGGUGAGCUGCUCAUCAGCAUGGUCUCCAAGGCUGUCAGUGCAGUGAUGUCCCGUCUUCAGACGCUAGCCACGUUUGAUGGUGCUGACAGUAAGGUGAGCACUCUGGUGGCGGCAGCCAACAGUCACGACAACCUCUGUCGCAUGGACCCAGCCUGGCAUCCGUGGCUGUGAUACAGUCAUCACUUGGUCGAGAAACCAUUUGUUCGGCUGCCAUUGUUGUACAGUGAAUUACCUCAUUGUUCAUCAGGAAACUGUUAUCCCCGUGUUUGAAUGACUGCCCAGCUUUGUACAAGGACGCAUCAAACACCAGCAUUAUGUUUAAAGCUCAUCUGUUUUUACGAGGUAGGGAAUACAACAGACAAUGUGCUCUGUCCAGGUACUAUUGACUUAUGCAAAAUUCAUUAUUGGUGAAAAGUGUCCUGACACAGCUGAUAUCGCCAGUACUGACCAUUUGUACCAGACUGUAGGUAGUGGGAACAAAUCCAGUGUGUGGAGUUCUGUACAUUGCGUUUUAAGGUUUGUAAAAGAAAUCUUUCCCAUGAUGUUCCACUAGUUUCGGACAUGUUUCUGUUAAUGUAUAUAAAAGAUCAACUGUGUGGUGUGAUUAUUGGUCUAUGUGUGACCAACAAGAGACUUCUUAUGAAAAUAAACUGUGCCUG